AUGAUACUCAAGGCAGUUAACUUGUUAAUAAUGAUUAAAAAAGUUAUUGACAAUAUCUUAAUAGGACUACGUCAAAGAUUUAAAUCAAUGGAAAAUAUUGCUCAAGAUUUUUCAUUUUUAGAUCCAAUAAUAAUUUAUUCUUGGCCUAUGGAAAACUUGAAAAGAGCGGGAGUCGAUUUAUGCAAUAAAUAUGAAAAUGACCUCAACAAAAUUGAAUUCAUUUCAGAACUAGAGAGCUUUAAGGAGCAUGUUUACAACAUAGAUGACGAUUUAAAAAGAGCAACAUUUUUUGAAAUGUUGAAUUUUAUUUAUAAAAAUAAACUUCAAGAUGCAUAUCCAAAUAUAUCCGUUGCUUACCAAAUAUAUCUUACAAUGCCAGUUACUUCAGCUUCGUGUGAACGAAGCUUUAGCAAAUUGAAAUUAAUAAAAACAUAUUUAAGAUCUACUACGGAGCAAGCAAGACUUAAUAACUUAUCUAUUUUAUCCAUAGAAAAUAAAAUUGCAAGACAAAUCAAAUAUGAAGACAUAAUUAAUGAUUUCGCUGCAAAAAAAGCUAGAAAAGUUAAUUUUUAA